CCCCCUGCACCACUACUGGGCGCCUCGCAGCCUUGGGCCACUUCACAUCCACCCAGCCCAGAGUGCACCAGGACCCCUCCGCCCACGCCACGCCACUAGCCAGCCCCCCGCGGAAUCAGACGGCGCGCUCCCAUCGACCCAUCCUCUCCACCCCGGGCUGGCAGAGCAGCCCGUGGAAGGCCAUCCGACCACCCCUUCAUCCAGGAUGGGACCCCUCUUACUGCUCUUCUCCUGCUGGACCCUGGUGGGAGCUCAGACCCCUUUGUUCAAGUUAAGAAGCGUGACGCUGACCAUCGAGCCGGCCACCGACCUCCUGCGAGACGCCAACGCCACACUGUGGUGCCGGGCGGGCGUCAGCUCCUCGGGAACCCUGACGCACGUCCCCGUUUACACCUUCUACAAGGACGGCACCAAGGUCUUCACCAAGAAGAGCGCCAGCUCGGAGCUGGCCUAUCCGCUGCUGCACGUCCGCUACUCCAACACGGGGAAGUACAAGUGCCGGGUGGAGAUCGACGGACAGGGGGAGAACAGUGACACCAGCAAGCUCACGGUAACAGGCGUCUCAGUGCCGCUCCUCCAGCUGAGCAGGUCGACGCUGAGCGAGGGCGAGGAGCUGACGGCAAGCUGCAGCGCGCCGGAUGAGACGGGCGCCUUCUUCUUCUACUUCUACGUGGACGGCCGGGAGAUGCAGGACCAACCCGCCCGGUCCAACCGGGCGGACGCCCAGCUGCGCUUCAACGGUGGCGGCGUGCGCCAGGUCCACUGCGAUUACACCGUGAUGCUCGCGCCCGGAUCCACCAAGUCCAACAAGAGCAACACCGUCACGGUCUCCGUCAGGGAGCUGUCCUUCAGGCCGCUGCUGGAGAUCCGCCCGGUGGCGGAGGUAUUCGAGGGGGACCAGCUGAGCGUCUCCUGCAGGCCAGAGGGAAACUCCAACAUCCCGGGUGGCCUCCUUCUGCUCCUCACCCACGGCACCCAGCUGCUCGGCAGCGGAGUCGACCACGUCAACAGCAGCAUCACCGCUAAGGAAUCCGGGGAGAUAGAGUGCAGCUUCGAAGUGGGGAACGUUCCGAAGAAGGCUACCAAGAACAUUUCUGUGAUCGAGCUGUUCUCGGUGCCCAGGCUGAGCGUGUCCCUCGCCGAGGUCUUCGCGGGGGACAGGAUGGUGCUGACCUGCAGCAGCGCGGUGCUGGUGGCCAGGAGGCUGACCUCCGAGGACAUCUCCUACGCCCUGGACUCAAAGGGCCCGCCGACCACGGAGCUGGGCGCUGGGCGCUUCUCAGUCAGGGCCCCGCCCCACCCCCUCAGCUACACCUGCACCGCCACGGCCAGGGGCAUCACCAAGCACAGCCAGGCGCUGCUGGUCCGGCCCAAGGUGUCCGUGGUGCGACCCAGUAUCACCGUGGUGGAGCAAGUCAUUCUGGGACGGCCCUUCCAGAUCCGCUGUCUGUCGGAGGGGGGCAGCUUGCCCAUCAACUACACCCUGUUCAGGAAGUACGAGCCCCUGAACGUGACCACGGUCAGCACGCCCUACCAGCAAGCCCUGUUCACCGCCACCAUCCAGGAGUCCGACGACAUCAAACUCUACAUGUGUGAGGCGGCCAACAAACCCAACAACGAAGGGGAGCUCAGCCCGAGACUCAACGCCAGCGUCAUAGUCCCCCUCUCCAACGCCACCCUGACGGCCCUGCCCGCGCCCUGGGACGUCUCCGAGGGCGACGCCCUCAUCCUGAUCUGCGGGGUGACGGGCACGCCCCCGGUCACCUUCAAGUGGUACCGCAAGGACGGCGGCGCCCAGCUGCUGUUCGCCGGGACCGCCAACGGGCGCAGCAUGGCGCACCGGAUCCACGCCGUGAGCCGCGACCACAGCGGCUCGUACUACUGCGAGGCCGUGAACCACGCCCGCAACCCGGUGCGCAGCCAGACGGUGCUCAUCGAGGUGCGGCUGGCGCUCUGGAAGAAGGGCAUGAUCGCGGCCUCCUGCUUGCUGGUGCUGUGUGUGGCGGCGCUGCUGUGCGUGCUGCACUUCAAGUCCCGCAGAGGAAAAAAGGAAGUGACGACAGAGCUGUCCGUAAAGCCUUCGGGCUCUAAAUCAGAUGACUCUUUAACCGCGAGUCUCGCUCCCGACACAGAGGCCCAUACGGCGGCCACAGACGCAGCAUCGAACAGUGAGGGCACGGAGGGGAGAGCGACCAAUGGGACGCGAGAUAGUGUGGCGUCACUGCCUGCUGACAUCAGCAACAGGAGCAGCUACAGUAUCCCGGCAACAGUGUAGAACAAUGUUUUCAGUGGGAGGAAGAACACCACGAAAAAAAACGUUUUUCUUUUUAAAUCUGAGAGAUUGACAUUUGAAGGGAAACUCGAGGAAGAACAAAGAAAACUCCAAAUAUGGAGUGUCAGAAAAAAAUAAUGGCUUAUUGACGAGUCUUGGCUUUUAUUGUCCGAGGACACACAAAAUGAAAAGGAGUUUCAUUCCCCUAAUCCAGUCUCCCUCUCUCCUCCGUCUGCUGUCUGGUGUGCGUCCGGCUCUCUCAGCCGUCAGCACGAGUGUCUUUCUGUCUUCCUCCAUUUUGUGUUUUUUGUCUCAUUAGGGGCGGUUGCCUUUGUCUCUGUCACGACAAAUCUAUUUAUCUGAAGUGCACUGUUGCUAAUAGAAGACUGUAAAUACACUUUGCCACUAUCAGUAGAGAAACGUGUGUGUAUAUUUUUGCAUUGUGUGUGUAUAUACUGAUGAGAAGCUACGCGCUAGAAUAAAGAUGUAGGUUUUGAUUACC